CUACGCUGGUUACGUCCGUGAAUAUUUGGCGGGAGAUGUAAGUAUCCAGGAAGUAAGAGCUCCGCUUUGUUGUUUUGUUUCGUGCCUUUCAUUCACGCACAGUUACAACAGAAAGAGCCGCGACACAAAAACAAAAACAUGGAUAACGAAGUCCUCGUUCAGACAAGUGACUGGAAGAACACUAAGGAGGCGGUGGCGAACUUUCGACGACUGCUGCUCUGCUCCAAAUGCUCAGAUUUAAUGACGGACCCCGUGUGUCUGGGACUAUGCGAGCAUAUGCUGUGCAGGUCCUGUGCUGGCCCUCGGGCAGGAGAUGGCUGCGUGGUGUGCAACAGUCCUGCGUGGGUGAAGGACAUCCAAAUCAACAGGCAGCUCAGCAGCAUCAUACAGCUUUUCUCUGGUUUAGAGUCCCUACUCAAUCCCAGAGAACAACCAGACUCGUCUCUAGCUGAGAUUCGAACACAACCUCAGAGCCCUGUCUUUAAAAACAAGAAGAACUUCAAGAUCUGGUUCAGUCCUCGCAGUCGAAAGGUACGAUGCAUGGUCGACAAGCCUUCAGAGGUCAUCGUACCAGAAAACAGGUCUUCUGAAGAAACAACUGCAGCACAGCCAGACACAAUUACUUCUCACCAUCAGGACCUCUCAGUUUUCAAUUUUACCUCGUCCUCCCAAGACUCUGGCUCCUCUUGUUCUGAAAGAUGCAAAAAUGAAAAGACAAAUGGGAAGAGGUCAACUAAGAAAAAUGCUGCCAGCAGGAAGGUGUUAGUGCAAAAGACCACGAGGACCACACAGAAGAAAAACGAGCAGAAGAUGAAGAAGAACAGACUGGAGGCCAUAAACCAGCAAUGGGGGAUCACAGAGGAGGUCAGCGCCUUAAAGGGAAAGGAGGAUUCCUGUGCUGAAGAGACACGGAGGUCCAGUAAGAGGGUUUCCUUCCUAAGCCCUGCUGUCACGUCUGACGAGCCUCAGCCCAAAGUGCCACAGGGGAGUACUAAUGGACUCAGCCCUGGCAGGAGCACCCUGAGAGAGAGUCUCUCAAGAAGCAGCACUGUACUAAAUGACCAAACCCUGCCUGGUCAGAGUGUGUCAGACAGUGUUGUGAGGCAUGACAAACUGUCUACAAAUGGCACCAGCCCAACUGACAAUCCUGAAAAACAGGACAAAGUAUCUCCCCCAAAGCAUUCCUCGAAACGAUCCAGAGUGGAGGAGAAGGUCUCCACAUUGGAGACCACCCCAAAAAGGCCCAGGGUUUCCCCGGGCAGGAGGAGAAGGUCACUGAUGUCCCCAGCGGUCCUUAGCUCUUCAUCUAUGGCCAGCCCCAGGUGUGAUAAGACCAUCAGAAAACAGCAAGGAGACAGCCCCUCUGUCCUAGCUACUGUUGGCAGAAAAUCUCCCAGUUCUCCCAGGAGCCCUGCAGUUAUGAAGAGGAACCACAAAGGAGAGACCCUGCUGCAUCUAGCUGCUAUAAAGGGAGAUGUAGAGGCUGUCAAAGAACUGCUGGACCAGGGGGUUGACCCUAACCUGAAGGAUAAUGCUGGGUGGACACCUCUGCAUGAAGCAUGUAACCUGGGUCACCUAGCAGUUGUGGAGGUGUUGGUCUCAAGUGGUGUCCUGUUGAAUACACCCGGCUAUAAAAAUGACUCUCCACUCCACGACGCUGUGAGGAACGGACACCCAGCCAUUGUAAAAGUCCUGCUGCAGCAUGGAGCCUCGCAGCACGUACUGAAUCUGCAUGGAAAGCGGCCUGCAGAUUACGCAGUGAGUGUGGAGAUGCUGGAGAUUUUCCAAGAAGCCUCAAAAGGAACUCAAUAUGCUGAUACAUCUCUCGACCCCUCAGGCAGUUUCUCUGCGAUGAGCGACUGUGCGAAGAGGGAUGAAAUGAUGGUGUUUCUGGCGAGCAGGCUUUCACAGACAGAACAGCAUCAACUGGCCAAACUGGGAGAGCUCCUGGGAGGCAGGAUAGCUGACACCUUUUCUGGCUCAGUGAGCCAUGUCGUGCUUCCAGAAGGACAGAUGCCCACCACCUACUCCACCCUUCUGGGUCUUCUCGCUGGCUGCUGGCUUGUCAAAUUCAGCUGGGUGGACGCAUGUUUGCAGGCAGGCGAGUGGAUGCCCGAAACUGAGCACGAAGCGGGAGAAGGCCCCCAGCGCAGUCGCAUCAACAGAUGUAGCUUGCUCCCACCGCUCUUCGAUGGCUGUUUCUUCUUCCUCCUUGGCUCCUUCAAGGGGCCCUCCAAAGACGAGCUCAUCAGGUUGCUCCGGGAGGGAGGAGGUCAACUCCUGAGCCGGCAGCCCAAGCCUGACAGCGACGUGACGCAAACCCUGAAUGCCGCCGCCUACCAUGCACUGCCAGGCUCCGACCAGGCCCUCUGCACCCAGUACAUCAUCUUUGACCACCAGGGCCCUCACAAGCCAGCGGUAGUGAGGCGAGGUAAGGUGUGGUCAGCUCCCUCCACGUGGAUCAUCAACUGCAUCGCAGCCUUUCGCCUCCUCCCCGUGCCGGAACCUCAAACACUGGUCUAAACAAAUUUUCAUGAAUUCAAUAAUGAUUGUGCAAUGAUUGUGAGAUAUCUUUGUCCUUGAGCAUGAUCAUGAAGUGUUUUUAAAUAUGAGGUGAUUAAAUGGUCAUGAAUUAUAAACCAGAAUAAAACAAUAAUGUGGCUCUUCAGAUCCAAAAUUAAACUGGUUAUCUGCCUGAUUUGUUAUUUCUUUAUUUUUGGGACUAGGAGUGUGAUAAUGUCUCUGUCAAAUACUGUACAGCAUAGACCAGUGCUCGGUUGGAGACUGAACGUUAUUUGCCUCAAACCAUCAGUGGAUACCAAACACAAUUACCCCCAAAGGAGCUGUAUUGAUUUAAAGGUUCCUGUAGCUGCAAGCUAAGUAAGGUACCCCAGACCUCUUCUCGACCUUGCCUCGCCCUCCACCUCUUCCAGGAAAAUUGCGAAGCUUUCUAUGGCCGGAUGGGCUAUAUAAUACCCCCAGCAUGUUCUGGGUCCGCCCCCGGUUCUCCUCCCAGGUGGACCUGCCUGGACUCCACAGUGGGGUGUCAAGGAGGCAUCCUUAUCAGAUGCCCCAACCCUCAUUAAUUGACUCCUUUUGAAUGCGAAGGAGCAGCAACUUUGCUCCGAGCUCCAUACAGAUAUCCAGGCUCACUCCAUUUCUCAAGCGUAAGAACAUAAGAAAGAAAACGUGGCUAAAUUCAAGGAGGAGUCGUCCUGCAGCAUCCCCAAGGGUUCAAUUGAAUUUCACGUCACAUGCUGCACCCAGCCAUACAUCGAGGCGCCAAGGACAGCUGUGCUUUUCGCAGAAACGGAUUCCGCAUCUUUUCAGCGGCUGUUAAUGAGCAACGUAUGCACCAGCACCAGUCCUGCUGCAUGCCUGCAUCUCAUUUGAAAAGCUUUGGAUUACAACUCAGCUCUUAGGAUCUUAUUUUGGAGGGUUCUGUUGACAAAAACUUCACCGUUCACACUCCUACAUUCACAUCUAGAUGAUGAUGGCAGCCGUGGCACCCCAGUAUAGUUUAACAAAUGCACUGCCCUUCAGAAGCAUGGAAGGAAAUUGUACUACAAUGCACUACAAUGAGUUGCAAUGUCACAUUGUCAGAAGUUGUCUCGAUACUUAAAGUAUAUCCUCCACUUUUGCUGCUUCUGCAUUUACUUCUAUCAACACUGUAUUUGUGUUAUUUUUUACAGCUUUGAUCGUUGUUCCUUGUACUCCUACUAAUUCACCUUGUUGGAAUGUGGGAGGGUAAA